AUGUCAAGGACACUCAAAGUCACGGGUAAUGAUGUCAAGUUCUCGCGCUUUGUGUUGCUUGCCUUACGACAGACUGAGUAUUGUUUUGAUUGGGAGGCGUUUUCAGUGCGAAUUAGUUUACAGUUUGUUCUUAUCGUAGACAACGAAGAGGAAUUGUUUAAUCCAAAUUGUGUGACGGUAAAUUUGUUGGACAACCUAAGAAGAAGAUGUGGGUGCCAGAAGGGAAUAACCUUGGACUUAUCAGAUGAAGAUGGUGACAUUAAAAAUUUACACGAGUAUCCAACCCAGUAUGCUCACAGAUUCCUAAAAGGACGAGAAGUAUUUGUGCUUAUAAAGGUGGAAAAAGGACAAGGUGAUCAGCCAACAACCUAUACUGCGCUGUUGAAUGACCUGGAGAGAUCCAAUCCUAAACUUCUAGCUCGCUUGGAGACGCUCUCGAAAUCUUGUUCCGAUUCCAAACCCAAAUCUGGAAACAGAAAGGAGUCAAUAUGGAACAAUGUCUCAAAAAUGCGAAAGCAACUCCGUAGUAUGCCAAGCGCUGGGCGUAACAGAGCAGAAUCUAACACCACCUCCAGAGGGGACAGUAAAAAUCUUGGCACCACCCCGUCCCCACCAGGAAAAUCACGAAUAAGGAAAGUUUCCAAGAACUGAGCAUUUUGAUGGUUCUUCGUUUUGAAUGCAAGGUUGUAACAUGAUAAUUAUUCUUGCUAAUUUAUAAUAAAAAAAUCUCUUUUCAUUCUAGAGUAGUGACCGGGUGUUUUGUCACAUUGUACAACAAUAUCACCACGCCUCUCUUCAAACAGUUGCUUUUUAACGCAGGCAUGACACAAUAUAUCUAGAACACUUUACCUAAAUAAAUAUCACCUCUUCAAUUAAAGAAAACUUCAGACAGCUUUUUAAAAAACACCAUGCGACUGCCACAGAGUUAAGACUAGACCUUAAAGUUAAACGGAGGGAUUAAAGGAGCUUGCAUCAUGGCUAGCGCAUCUUGAAAAGUUUAGCCUAAAUUUUUCAAGUUCAGUUCGUCGUUUGCAAUCCGUGGUUAA